AUGGUGAACCUGCGGAUUCCUCGAACGGCGACAUUCGCCUGGUCGGAAGAUUCAUCGCGUCCGUUACUCGCUACUGGUACAGUUGCUGGAGCUGUUGAUGCGGAUUUCUCCAAUGCUACCCACUUAGAGCUUUGGGACCUCGAUUUGGAUAGUGGCGUCAGUGAAGCUUCAGAGCUCACGCCGAAAGCGACUUUAAGCACUGAUGCAAGGUUCUACGGUAUAGCUUGGGGCAAGAGGGGAAUUAUUGCGGGUGGUUUGGAAAAUGGAUCUCUUGACCUCUGGAACGCAGAAUCGCUAUUCAAAGGAGAAAGUGGGACUGUUGAGUCGUUAUCGAAGCACACAGGGGCCAUCAAAGCUUUGCAAUUCAACCCUUUCAAGGACGAAUUGCUGUUAACAGCAGGCGGACAAGGCGAGAUAUAUGUUUGGGAUCUGAACAAUACCGCAAACCCCUUUCUCCUCGGGACCCGGGCGAGGGCAGACGAUUUCUCCUCGGUAGACUGGAACAAAAAGAUCCCGCAUAUCUUGUUAUCUGGAGGAAAGAAUGGCCUCGUUACGGUUUGGGAUGUUAAGCAGAAGAAAGAAUCUCUUACCUUAAGUCAUUUGGGACGAAAGGAAGUCAGCGCAGUCGCAUGGCAUCCAGAAAAUGCGACAAAACUUCUGACUGCUCUUCCAGACGACUCCAAUCCUGUUAUAAUGAUACUCACCGGCCAUGACCAAGGCGUUCUGUCGCUUGACUGGUGCAAGCACGAUCCCGAUAUUCUUCUAUCCUCUGGAAAGGAUAACCGAACGAUAUGCUGGAACCCGAACUCGGGCGAAAUGUUGGGCGAAUUCCCAAUUAGCACCAAUUGGAUGUUCCAGACUCGAUUCAACCCUAAAAACCCCAAUUUGGUGGCAUCUGCCUCCUUUGACGGUAAGAUCAGCAUACAGUCGCUCCAGAGCAAAGGGGUUGUUGUCAAAGGAGACACAGCUUCAGGCACCCUUGAUGGCGCGGAUUUCUUCGACCAGGCAAGCUUCGAUCCUCAAGGCCCCUCCUUUUCUCUCAAGCAAGCACCUAGAUGGUACAAACGACCAGUCGGUGCAUCCUUCGGAUUUGGAGGCAAAUUGGUCAGCUUCACCACUCCUGUCGGACAACAAAAGUCCACAUUGAAAAUCACAACAUUGGCGGUCGAGUCAGAUGUACGAGCUGCUACCGAUGCAUUCGAAAAUGAUUUGAAAGGAGGGAACUUUGCCACGUUGUGCGACAAGAGAAUAUCGGAACUCACAUCGGAGCCUGAGAAGGCGGAAUGGACUAUCCUAAAAACUUUGUUCGACCCGUCUCCAAAGAAGAAACUGAUUGAGUUCUUGGGCUUUACUAAAGAUGCUCUAGAGACUGAGGAAGGGUCCGUCGAAAAAUCUGAGGAUGUUCAAGUUAAUGGUGAGUCUAAGGAAAGGCGCCUUUCUGCACUUUUCGGUGGCAGCGGGGAGGAUGACGCUUUCCUGAACGAACUCUCGUCUACAAAGGGCGCUCGAACCAACAAUCCUUUCAACAUCUUCUCUGGCACCGAAUCGGAAGCCGACAAAAAAAUUACCAAUGCUCUUAUUCUUGGUGAUUUUGAACGUGCGGUUGAUAUUUGUAUUAAGGAGGAUAGGCUUUCGGACGCCUUCAUGCUUGCUGUAGCAGGUGGCGAAACAGCUCUUAAAAAGGUUCAGAAGGCCUACUUCAGCAAGCAAACAGAUGCACCAAACUACAUACGCCUCCUUUCCUCAGUGGUAGAAAAGAACCUAUGGGAUGUCGUUCAUAACGCUGACCUUGCCGACUGGAAAGAGGUCCUCUGCGCGAUUUGUACGUACGCUAACGAUAAGGAGUUCGCAGAACUUUGUGAAGCUCUCGGCGAAAGGUUGGAAGUGGAAUUGAAGGCAACGAGCGAACUACAGAAGCGACAGGAUGCUGCGACUUGUUACCUUUCGAGCUCUCGACUGGACAAAGUUAUUGGUAUCUGGAUCGAAGAGUAUAAGGAAAGCGAGGCAGAAAUUCUCAAGAAUCCAUCCGAAGGGUCCACUUCCUUCAGUAUUCACGUCCAAUCUAUGCAGAAACUGAUAGAGAAGGUUACUGUCUUUAGAGAGGCGACGAAGUUCGUGGAUCCAGAGAUGAAUGUUGAGGCCGAUUGGAAGCUCGCUCCACUCUAUGAUAUCUACUGCGAGUAUGCAGAUGUUUUAGCUGCCCAAGGGCAGCUCGAGUUUGCCGCUAGGUAUCUUGGUUUGAUUCCGUUGAAGUAUCAACCGGCAGAGAUAGCACGAAACCGCGUUAGGAUCGCAUCUGGCCAAGUCGUAAACAAGAAGCCUGCAGCUACCGCUCGCACUGUCCCAAUGGGCGCCGGCCUCAGAACAGCGACUAAAUCACCAUAUGCCCCAGCAUCUGUUCAACAACCUCAAACCGCGCCAACGAUGUUUACACCCAUCCAGCCUCCAGCACCUUCGGUGGUCCCGCAACCCCAGCAAACCUUAGGAUAUGGUCAGCCUCAAACUCAAUCAGCUUCUAGGUACACGCCGGCGAAUUCGUCAGUAAAUACCCCAGGAUACUCCUCUACUACUCCAGGAUACCCAUCUGCUAUUCCGGCAUAUCAGCCAAAUGUUGGCGGUGUUGGCGGUGUUGGAGGGCCUCGCCCGGCUUAUAAUACCCUGGCCUCCGGCCCACCCAAUACGGCUUUCGGCCCUCCCAGGAAUAAUAGCCCUGCGAUACUCCCCGCUGCAAAACGUACUGAUCUAACUGAUUGGAACGAUACACCGAUGGUAAUUGAUACUACACGACGGAAGACACCCUCGGUGCCAGCUUCUGCUCCUAUAACUACACCUUUCCCCAUGGGCCAGCCGAAUCCAUUGGGAUCUCCUACUGCUUUCCCCCCUUCGGGCCCGCCGCGCUCCGGGACACCUGGUGGAACUUUGCCACCACCUCCUAGGCUAGGACAGGCCGGUGUUACGCCUGGGCCCCCACAAGCUGGCUCCCAUUACAGGCCGCAAACCCCAGGAUCUCAACCUCACAGUCCCUAUGUUCCACAAUCACCCCCGCAAGGUCCACCUGGAACCGGCCCUACUCCGCCUCGGACACAUGCUGCAUACGCCCCGCCACCACCAGCGGCUGGUCCCCCAAGCAGCCGGUAUACACCUUCUGCACCAGUCCAAAAUGUAUCAUCUACGUUGCCACCAGCAGGCCCUGGUCGUGGAAUGAUCCCGCCACCAGCUGCGAAUCCGUACGCAGCGCCACCACCAGCGCAUUCACUAUACGGCCAACCACCACUACAGCAUCAGCAGAUGUAUAGCGAGCCUCCUCAACCGCAAGGGCCACCAAUGGCGGGACCACCAAUGGCAGGACCACCGCCACCAAUGGGCCCUCCAAGAGGAACUAGUGCUUCUGGGUUAAGGGGAACCCCACCUCAGAGCGGAGCACCUCCACCACCACCAAAAGCUGCUACUCCCAAGCCAAAGCAUCCCAAGGGAGAUCGUAGCCACAUUCCGGAGCAUGCCCGAUUACUCUUCGAAAUCCUCUCUGAAGAGAUGGAACUAGUCACAGCUAAUGCACCGGCCGAUUUCAAAGCUCAAGUUCAGCAGUUGGGCAAGCGCCUAGACACCUUCUUUGACCAUCUCAACAACGAUGACUUACUUUCCCAGAAUGUCACUCGCCAACUGACUGAUGCUUUCGUGCACGUCAGGAAUGGAAACUUCGAUGAAGCUUCGAAUAGUUACGCAGCGGUUCAACCAGAGCUUGGGAGCUUUGGAGUUGUACACAAGAAAUUGAUUCAACUGAGCCAGUUUGCACGAUCGGUUUAA